AUGCUGCGACUCGGCGCCCGGCGAGCGCUUCCGCCGCGUGCCCUGCUCCACCUGCGGCACCAGUCGACCCAGCCCCUCCCGCCGCUGCCCCGCCCCGAGCCCGUCGUCGUCGCCGCUCCUCCCCUCCCCCCGCCCGAGACGACCACUCUCCCGCCCCCGAGUACCGCCCCAGGCCCGUACCCGGCUGCACCAGACCCGACUCGACCUGUACCCGACCUCGCCGCACCGGCGGCCAAGCCCGCACCGCCGCCGCCGCCGCCGCCCUCGCCGCCCAAGCCGCCUGCACCACCUGCCGUGCCGUCUCUCCCGAGCCGGCCCAGCGGCCCAGGGUUCGGCAGGCGCCUGCGGUCGCUCCUCCUGUCGUCGGCACUGUUCUUUGGCACCGGCGCCUUCCUCGUCUAUGCGUACGACUCGCGCGCGGGCGUCCACCGAUGGUUCGUGCAGCCGGCCUUCAUGGCGCUCACCAAGGACGACCCCGAGCUCGCGCACGAGAUCGCCGUCAAGCUCCUGUCGCAAAACAUGGGCCCGGUCGACUGCGGCACCGACGACGAGCGCCUUUCUCUCGAGGUGUGGGGCAAGAAGUUCGACAACCCGUUGGGCAUCUCGGCCGGCUUCGACAAGCACGCAGAGGCCAUCGACGGCCUGUUCAACCUCGGGUUCGGCUACGUCGAGGUCGGCAGCAUCACGCCCGAGCCGCAGCCGGGCAACCCCAAGCCGCGCGUGUUCCGCGUCCCCGAGACCGAGUCGGUCAUCAACCGCUAUGGGUUCAACUCGGAGGGCCACGACGCUGCCCUCGCCCGCCUCCGCCAGCGCAUCAUCGGCUUCGUCAACCGCUACGCGAGCCUCCUCCCGCCGUCGCUGUUUCCGCCCACGCCCGAGACGCAGGCCGCCAUGGACCACUUUGACCCGGUGCGCGCGUACCUCGCGUCGCAGGACGGCGCCGGCGCCGCCCCGGCCGACGCCGUCGACAUGCCGCGCAGUCUCACGCCGGGCAAGGUGCUCGGCAUCAACCUCGGCAAGAACAAGACGAGCGACCCGGACUCGAUCGCCGACUUUGUGCGCGGCGUCGAGUCGCUCGGCCCGUACGCCGACGUCCUCGUCGUCAACGUGUCGUCGCCCAACACGCCCGGCUUGCGCAACCUGCAGCGCAAGGGCAUGCUGAGCGAGCUCCUCGAGGGCGUCGUCAAGGCGCGCGACGGCCUCCCGGGCCACGUCAAGCCGCCCGUCCUCGUCAAGGUCGCGCCCGACCUUGACGACGAGCAGGUGUCCGACAUCGCGUACGCCGCGACCCACUCGGGCAUCGACGGCGUCAUCGUGUCCAACACGACCAUCUCGCGCCCCAAGUCGGCCGGCUCGUCGCCGACGCUCGCCGAGACGGGCGGCCUCUCGGGCCCGCCGGUCAAGCAGCUCGCGCUCCGCGCCCUGUCGGCCCUGUACGAGCAGACGGAUGGCAAGAUCCCGCUCGUCGGGUGCGGCGGCAUCUCGACCGGCCAGGACGCGCUCGACUUUGCCAAGGCCGGCGCGAGCCUCGUCCAGCUCUACACCGGGUUCGUCUACGGCGGCGUCGGCCUCCCGCGCCGCAUCAAGGACGAGCUCGCCGAGCUGCUCAAGGCCGAGGGCAAGGCGUGGAAGGACGUCGUCGGCACCGCGCGCGUCAAGAAGGCCGUUCCGGCACCCGCCGCCGCCGUCAGCGACAAGGCCGACGGCCUCGGCGAGGGCAAGAAGCCGGCGAGCGAGGACGAGUUCCACAAGGGCCUGUCGGAGGCCAAGAGCGAGCUCGAGUCGCUCCUCAAGGAGCUCGCCGGCGUCGAAAAGGUGCCCGUCGCGGGCGAGACGGCCGAGGCACCCGUCGCCGCUCCUGCGCCGGCCGCCGCCGCGGCGCCCGAGCAGGCCGUCGCCAUCCCUGGGCCGGUCGCCGAGUCGCUCCCGGACGCGUCGGCCGCUGCGCCCGUUACGCCGACCGCGACGCCCGCGCCCGCCGGCGCCGGUACCUCUCCCUCUCUUUCCCCCUCGUCCUCGUCCUCGUCUACCGACGCACCCGCACCCCCGCCCCGCAUCGUCGCCACGGCCCCGACGCCCAAGAUCGACGAGCUCCCGCUCGCCAUUCCCGCCCAGGCCGUCCUCGACGACAAGGCGAUCAAGCACCUCCUCGACCCGGCCGCGGCGCAGGUCGCUGCUGCGGGUGCCACGACGGCCGAGGCCAACACCAAGAAGGAGGGCGAGGCGGUCGGCGGAGGGGCGCGCAAGGACGAGUUCCCCGAGCCGAAGAAGGAGGACGCCAAGCGGUGGGUUUAGACGGCUCGACUGCAAAACAGAGACGUGGCAGUGCAUCUCGGC